GCUGCAGGCUUCUCUGCAGAAUGUCAAGCAAAGAUCGACACAUUGAUUCCAGCUGUUCGUCGUACAUCAAGACGGAACCGUCGAGCCCUGCCUCUCUGACGGACAGCAUCAACCACCACAGCCCCGGUGGCUCCUCAGACGCCAGCGGGAGCUACAGUUCCACCAUGAAUGGACACCAGAACGGGCUGGACUCACCUCCCCUCUACCCUUCGGCCACGGGGCUUGGGGGCAACGGGCCGGUCAGGAAACGGUACGAUGACUGCUCCAGUACCAUUGCUGAAGAUUCACAGACCAAGUGUGAAUAUAUGCUGAACUCGAUGCCCAAAAGACUGUGUUUGGUGUGUGGUGACAUUGCAUCAGGGUACCACUACGGAGUGGCUUCCUGCGAGGCCUGCAAGGCUUUUUUCAAGAGGACAAUUCAAGGUAACAUAGAAUACAGCUGUCCAGCAACGAAUGAAUGUGAAAUCACAAAGCGCAGACGCAAGUCCUGCCAAGCCUGCCGCUUCAUGAAGUGUCUAAAAGUCGGCAUGCUGAAAGAAGGUAAGACUGAUCAAGUCAGUAUGUAUCUCUCUGCAAACACAUGCAACAAUUGUGAGGCAAUCAAGAAAGAAGAGAGAUCG